AGCCGCAGGACGCCAGCCAUUCUGCGUGAGUCACCGUGUGAUUGAUGCGGGCCGGUGUGUUAUAACCACAUCCCUGUUAAGUCGUUAGCUGCAUCACACGGCUGUCAUGCUUAUUUUAAAGGUGGCCUGUGGAAACAUUCCGACCAGCUAACGCGGCUCGGACUACCCUGGCCCCCGCGUCGCGUGCACGGAGCUCUCGCGACCAGCUGUGCGUCGCGGCGCUGCCUCGCGGAUGAGCGACGGCAGGAGGAUGGCACUGCGUUGGACCGUCGGUCUGUGUUCGUCCUCUGUGUUUUAUUAGGGGCUUAAUUAGCUCAUAACUAACGUUUACGGCCGACUGGCGUGGAAGCGACGUUAAACGCGUCCGCCGUGAUUAUGGAAACUGAGUCCAGGUUUAAGAAUUUCUGAUCAGAUUGGCUCUCCAGCCGCCCAAUCAGGCGACAGCCAGGCUAAGUGAGGAGGGAGACCAGCGCUAGAGACCCCAUUACUGCACCCACACUGUGUCACUCCUCACUCUCCAUCCUCAGCACCAUGUCCAUCCCCAGCAGCAGCCCAGAAAGGGAGAGCGCCGCUGGAGUUCAGCUGGAGUGCCCCUCGUCUCCUCCUGGUUUGGACGCAGACCCCCCAUCAACAGGCAGCCCAGUGCUCAGCCCAGACUCUUCCUCCCAUGAUGCAGUGCUGUCGGCACCCGCAGCCUCUCCUGCAGACUCUGAGAAUCUGAGUCCAGAUGAACUUGAGCUGCUGGCCAAACUGGAGGAGCAGAACAGGUUGCUGGAGGCGGAUUCAAAGUCGAUGCGAUCUAUGAGCGGCUCGCGACGCAACAGCGGCUCCUCGUUGGUGUCCAGCUCCUCUGCCUCCUCCAACCUGUCGCACUUGGAGGAAGAUACCUGGAUCUUAUGGGGCCGUAUUGUUAAUGAGUGGGAGGAGUGGAGACGCAAGAAGGACAAGCUGCUGAAGGAGUUGAUAAGGAAAGGUAUUCCCCAUCAUUUCCGUGCCAUCGUCUGGCAGCUGCUGGGCAACGCCACCGACAUGCCGGUGAAGAACCAGUACUCUGAGCUGCUGAAGAUGUCGUCUCCCUGCGAGAAGCUAAUUCGUCGGGACAUCGCCCGCACCUACCCGGAGCACGAGUUCUUCAAAGGCCAGGACAGCCUGGGGCAGGAAGUGCUCUUCAAUGUCAUGAAGGCAUACUCCCUUGUAGACCGAGAGGUGGGUUACUGCCAGGGCAGUGCUUUCAUCGUUGGCUUGCUGCUAAUGCAGAUGCCAGAGGAAGAGGCCUUUUGUGUUUUUGUGCGACUGAUGCAGGAGUACCGUCUGAGGGAACUGUUCAAACCCAGCAUGGCCGAACUUGGCCUCUGCAUCUACCAGUUUGAAUAUCUUCUACAGGAGCAGCUUCCAGAACUGAACGUCCAUUUCCGCUCCCAGAGUUUCCACACAUCCAUGUAUGCCUCUUCCUGGUUCCUCACCCUCUUCCUCACCUUCCUCCCUCUACCUGUCGCCACACGCAUCUUUGAUAUAUUCAUGUAUGAGGGCCUAGAGAUUAUCUUCCGUGUGGGUCUGGCCAUCCUGCAGUACAACCAAACCGACCUCAUUCAGCUCGACAUGGAGGGAAUGUCACAGCAUUUCCAGAAGGUGAUCCCCCACCAGUUCGACAGCUGCCCCGACAAACUCAUCCUCAGGGCCUACCAGGUCAAAUACAACCCCAAGAGGAUGAAGAAACUUGAGAAAGAAUACACCACAAUUAAGAACAAAGAAAUGGAGGAGCAGAUUGAGAUAAAGAGAUUACGCACAGAAAACAGGCUGCUGAAGCAGAGGAUUGAAACACUAGAGAAGGAGAGUGCCGCUCUGGCAGACAGACUGAUACAGGGUCAGGUGACUCGAGCACAGGAAGCAGAGGAGAACUAUGUCAUCAAACGGGAGCUGGCGGUGGUGAGACAGCAGUGCAACACGGCCAGCGAGAGCCUGGAGAAAGCCCAGGAAACCAUCAGGGAGCUGCAGCAGCAGACGUACACAGAGCAGUUUGUGAACAACCUGCAGACGCAGCUGGAGCAAUCCCGGCUGCGCGAGGCCGAACUGCUCGGCGCGCUGAAAGAAAUGCAAGACAAGGUGCUCGAUCUGGAGAAGAGGAGCAGCUGCCUACCUGAUGAAAACAACUUGGCUGCCCUGCAGGAAGAAGUGAAGCAGAUGAAGCUGCGGGAACUGGAGACGCUGCGGUCGUUCAGAGAGAUGCAGGACACUGUCACUGACCUCAACCAGCGCUGGCAGCAUCACAUGUCACGCAGCAGCAGCACCGGCGGCGGCGGAGGCCACUGGAAGGAAUCCCCGAAGAAGAAUGCGAUGAAUGAGUUGCAGGACAAACUGAUGACCGUCAGAUUGCGGGAGGCCCAGGCCCAGGCUGAACUCCGGGAGGUCAAACUCAAAGCCCUGCAGCUGGACAGCCAGAACCAGAUCCACAGCAAACUGAUUGGUCGUCAUGAGCAGGAACGCUCCGCCCUGCAAGAUCGGCUCCAGAUGGUAGCCAAUCAGAACAAAGCUCUGCAGGCCCAGCUCAACGAGAUGAAAAGGAAGCAGGCGGAGUCGGACUGCAAGAGUAAAGAAGAAGUGAUGGCAGUGAGGCUGAGGGAGGCCGACAGCAUGGCUGUCAUGGCUGAACUCAGACAGAAGAUUGCUGAACUUGAGAUACAGAAAGAAGAAGGGCUGAUCAAGGGGCAGCUGAACCACUCAGACUCCAGGCAGUACAUCAGCCAGCUCCGGGACCAGAUUGCUGAGCUGAAGAAUGAGGUCAGGCAGCUGCGAGGGCAGAAGGCGGCGCCGAGCUCCCGGAUCGGCUGCGGCGGAGGAAGCACCAACUACCAGGACCUGCGCUUGGCCAGCCCCACCUCCGCCGAGGGAGACUACCUUAGCUCAGACGAAGACCUCCUCAACAGCCCGCUACCCGCCACAGCCCUUUACCCCACGCUGUCCGACCCGUGUCACCCGUCUACCCAGCUCGACAGCGAAGGCAGCACGGACAGCGAGGCAGAGGAGCGGGUACAGACACAUCCAGACCCGCAGCAGCUUUACAGUAACAUGGUGUGUGCUGAUGUGCUGGACAACUGAGACCUGGAAAGGCUCUAGUCGUUCCUUUGCAUUUUUUCCACCCUAAGGAGAAUCUAGGGGCAACUCUUACUGUUGAUUUUCUUAAUCAGUCCGAUCCUCUUUGGCUUUCCCAGUGUUUACCGUUCGUGUGACGCAGACAUGGUGGCACUGAAUGACCGUCUUCUGUCCAUCUCCUCCUGUCGUCUCUGUUCCUGAGCGUCUCAACGUCACCAAAAAGUCUUAUCCAGUGUUCCUUCAAGAAAUGGCGAUGUAAGGCCGCUCUCCAUAUCCGUGUGCCAGAAACUGCAUAUCCUUCGAAACAUAAUCACCCAACAUGCAUACAGAGAGGACUGACUGUAUCACAACUGCUGCUGCUCGCUGCUCAAGAUGUGUGACCACAAGGUGGGGAAAGAUGGGAAACCACAUUUCCUGAGUCUCUACGAAUGGAGAUUUUCUCCCAUAACACACUGUAUACCCUAACUUCUCCUUCCUGGUUGGCUCAGAGUUAAAAACAGCAUCAUAAUCACUUUUCUCCCUCAGAAGAUCCAUCCAUCCUUUCCGAUUUCUGUGGAAACAUUUUUUUCCCCCCCAACAAUACGAAGGUUGCUGUAGAGGAACAUACACACGCCGUUCGGUUACAUAACAAGAUGGUUUUCCAAAUAAUUCAUAUUGAAUACUUGUCUUGUCUGUGUGUAGCUUGCAGUUGCCAAGAAGCAAGCAUGUUAAUGCAACAGUUCAUCUUUAAACCGUUUCAAAACAGCCUGCAGAAAAAGGCAGAAAGUCAAAGUUGCCAAAUCGUUUUCUUUUUUUUAAAAUUAUUAUUUAUAUGUUUUAACUUAUUUUGGUAUGUUUCUUUCUUAUUAUUUUUUUAUAUAUCUGUAUAAACUUUAGUCAUUAUAGGGAUACCAAUAGAGGCCAAACUUUACACCGUCCUUUGUGCCAACCUGUCAUUUCUUGUGGGUUUACUGUGACACUGUUUCAGAGACAGAAAGAUGUGCUGCUAUGAUUUUGGAUUUAUCCUCUUUUGUUUUUUUAUUUUAGUUGUUUUAGAUCACUGCUUUACUGAAAACAUGUCACUUUUUCUUAUGUGCCACAGUCUAAAGUUGGGAGUUGCUUUACAAAAGGAGAAACAAAAACAAUUAACCGUUUUCUUUACACUAA